CGGACGGGGCCGCCUCAGCUCUUUGGCAGGCAGGGGGAGCGCGGGGCUACUCCGCUCUGGGUCUGGCGCGGGCGCUGGUGAGGCUCGGUUUGGAAGGGCUGGCAGAGCCUCGAGGUUCCGCCCGGCGAUGCGGGGGCCACGGUAGUGUCCAGGUCUCUAGCCCUACCUCCGCGGCUCCGAGUCCAGCUUAGUAACUAGCUUCCGUCAUCCCUCAACACGCGCUAAGGGGCAUCUCGCGAGCGCCAUCCGGGCCGGCGCCAGCAUGCAGCUAGCGGCAGACGGCAGCGGCCCUGGUCUCUAACGGAUGCAGAAAAGAGCUAGCCUGGUGGAGGGGUACAGGGGGCUAGACGGGCGCAUUUAUUGCGGCGUUUGCAAGGACAUGAACACAUAGGCCAGGCGGAGCAGUGAGCAGCCACACCGGCACAGGAGUCACUUGGGCAAGGGCUGCAGGCCUGUACCGCAGCACCGACAGGAAGCGGAACGCCAGCCGCAGGGACGCUACGAAGCUAGCCGCGCUUGCCCGGGGCGGGGCUGCGUCGGGGGCGGGGCUAGAGGCGAGCUCGCCUCUCCGAAUCCCCGACAGGAGAGUUCCGGGCCGCGGCUUGCCUGACCCUACUCAGUGCCGCGGGUCGGACCGCCCAGGUCCCGGAAGCUGCCCGCCUGCGGGUGGCGUGGAAAGCUAUGGCUACCGCUGUGAUGCUGUGUGCUGCGCGGGCUCUGCGGCCGCGGAGCUGGAUCCCUGGAAUCUGCCACACACAAGCCAGACACACCCACCAGAGAGCUUCCUUGCUGUCCUUCUGGGAGCUCAUCCCCAUGAGAGCAGAACCUCUGCGAAAGAAGAAGAAGAUAGACCCUAGAAAGGACCAAGCAGCAAAGGAGCGCUUGAAGAAGAGGAUCCGGAAACUGGAAAAGGCCACCCAGGAACUAGUUCCUAUUGAAGAUUUUAUCACCCCAGUGAGAUUCCUGGAUAAGUCAAGACAGCGACUCCAGGAAGAGCUUUCUUCCGAGGAGAGUGAGCAAAGAGCUCUUCUGCUGAAGAGGUGGGCACUCUACAAGCAGCAGGAACAUGAGGCAGAGAGGGACGCCAUCAGAGCCAUGCUGGAAGCCCAGCAGGAAGCACUUCAGGAACUGAAGCUUGAGUCUCCAGAGCUCUACGCUGAGGCCAUAAAGCGAGACCCCAGCCUGUUCCCCUUUGAGAAAGAAGGGCCACAUCACACGCCACCAAUCUCUAACUACCAGGCCCCUGAAGGCAGGUACAAUGACAUCACCAAGGUGUACACACAAAUAGAAUUCAAAAGAUAGAACUGAAAACUACUAUCCUCAGAAGAUGCUAGCCCCAGGAGUCGGAGCAAUGAGCUGCAGUCUGUUUUCCACAGGUCAUACAUCCUGGGAACAAAUAAAAUGUAAUCAAAAGCA